CUGAGCUGUAGCAUGCAGGCGGAGGAGGGCAAGGACUGGCUGCUGGAGCUGCUCACCGAGCUGCAGUUGCAGCAGUACUUCCUGCGCAUCCGGGACGAACUCAAUGUCACCCGCCUCUCCCACUUUGAGUACGUCAAAAAUGAGGACCUGGAGAAGAUUGGCAUGGGACGCCCCGGCCAGCGGCGGCUGUGGGAGGCAGUGAAGCGGAGGAAAGCCAUGUGCAAGCGGAAAUCCUGGAUGAGCAAGGUGUUCAGCGGGAAGCGCCCCGAGUCGGAGCUGCCACCCCAGCCCCAGAGCACCUUCCGCAAGCCCCCCACGCCACCGCCUCCCGAAGCCGGGGGCCAGCACUCCCUCACCUGCCUCGUGCAGGAGCGGGACCUCUCGCUCUUCGAGAAGCUGGUGACGGUGAGGGGGUCACAGGGGGGGAGCUGGGCACGGGACACCCCGGGGGGGAAGACAAGUGUCUAGUGGAGCUCACCCUCACUUUGGCCGUAGCUGAAUGUGGCAGUGAAGUGCCUCAAGACUGACGUGCUGAGCCAGCCGGAGGCACUGGACGACUUCAUUCGGGAGGUGAACGCCAUGCACUCCCUGGACCACAGGAACCUCAUCCGCCUUUACGGUGUGGUGCUCUCCCACCCCAUGAAGAUGGUGACAGAGCUGGCCCCGCUGGGCUCCCUCCUGGACCGCCUGCGGAAGAACCAGGGCCAUUUCCUCAUCUCCACCCUCUGCCAGUAUGCCAUCCAGGUGGCCAAGGGCAUGGCCUACCUGGAGUCUAAGCGCUUCAUCCACCGUGACCUGGCUGCCCGCAACAUCCUGCUGGCCUCCAACGAGCUGGUCAAGAUCGGGGACUUUGGGCUGAUGCGGGCCCUGCCCAAAAAUGACGACCACUACGUGAUGCAGGAGCAUCGCAAGGUCCCCUUUGCCUGGUGUGCUCCCGAGAGCCUGAAGACGCGCACCUUCUCCCAUGCCAGCGACACCUGGAUGUUUGGGGUGACCCUCUGGGAGAUGUUCACCUAUGGGCAGGAGCCCUGGAUCGGCCUCAAUGGCAGCCAGAUCCUGCACAAGAUAGACAAGGAGGGCGAGCGGCUGCCACGGCCCGAGGACUGUCCCCAGGACGUCUACAAUGUCAUGCUGCAGUGCUGGGCACACAAGCCUGAGGAUCGACCCACCUUCGUGGCCCUGCGGGACUUCUUGGUGGAGGCCCAGCCCACUGACAUGAGGGCGCUGCAGGACUUCGAGGAGCCUGACAAGCUGCACAUCCAGAUGAAUGACAUCAUCACGGUCAUCGAGGGCAGGGCUGAGAAUUACUGGUGGCGGGGUCAGAAUAAGCGGACCCUAAAAGUGGGCCAGUUCCCCCGAAACACGGUGACCUCGGUGGCGGGGCUGUCGGCCCACGACAUCAGCCAGCCGCUUAAAAACAGCUUCAUCCACACAGGCCAUGGAGACACCAACCCGCAGCACUGCUGGGGGUUUCCCGAUAAAAUUGAUGAGGUGGCCCCCCCCCAGCAACGCGCCGCCCUCUGCUCCUGCCUCUCCACCUCGCCGGGGAAGCCCAUGCCCACCACGCAGAGCUUUGCCCUCGACCCCAAGUACGCCACCCCCAAGGUCAUCCAGGCACAGGGCAAGGACUGCUCCAAGGGACCCUGCAUCCUGCCCAUCGUGAAGGAUGGGCAGAAGGUUAGCAGCACCCACUACUACCUGCUGCCCGAGCGCCCUGCCUACCUGGACAAGUAUGAGAAGUUUUUUAAGGAGGCCAAAAGCCCCGAGGAGGUGCCGACGUCCCGCCUGGUCACCACAGCCACAGUCCGUCCCAUGGUGCAGCAGCCACCGCCAGACUGCAAGGCCAACUUCUCCUCCAACAACAGCAACCCUUGGCUCAAGUGCCUGGUGAAAGCCUCCUGCAGCCUCCAGAAGAUCGUCUACGAUGGCACGGAUGGCUACCGCCCCGCUGACAAGAUCCGACUGGUGCAGGACACGGUGCAUGGCGUGACCACCGAGGAGUGCCAGGCGGCCCUGCAGAACCACGGCAGCCGGGACUGUGACCUGCGAGACCUGCCGCAGGGAUGA